AUGCCUUCGCAAAGAGAGUCGAUACCAGCAUGUGAUCUCAAGAGCAGUCAAGAGAGCCAGCCACCACCAUCAUCAAAUAUCCAACUCCGCUUCUCAUUCUCUGAAUCCUUCAUCGAUGAUGUCGAGCGACAAGUCCACUCCGAGAACAACUUCAACCAGAGUUUCUCGGGGUUGACCAUGACCCCCGGUGCGAGCUUCUCCUCCUCGAGUUCACAAUCUACCACCAAAGCAUCGCCGGUCCAACCAAUCCAACCACAAACGUCCAUCUACCACCAACCCCCGGUCUUGAUCAAACCGGGUAAGAAAAGAGAAGGCUAUGGAUUCAGCUACUCAGAGACGUUCAUGUACGAUUCAGACGACUACCCCGACACGGAGUGCGGGGAUGCUGACGACCAAGCGUCUGAACUACACACCACGAGGUCACUGGAUAGCAAUCCGUAUCUAGAUUGGGACGGCAGCAUAGGAUCACAACAAUCACAACAAGUGCAACAAUCUCACCUAUCACAACAAUCACAGUCCUCAACCAGGCCAUCAUCACGAGAUUCCACAACAACAAUACCAACUCCAACAACCUCUUUCGACGACCUCGUCGUUCUCCGCGCCCCAGGCUCGUUCCACCUCGCCCGCCCACAACGACACCUCCCCUGCACAACCGCGACGCGCGAAGACGCGCUCGCCCUCCGCGCCUCCGCCACUUUACUCCUCUCAAAAUACACAGAGUCGGCUUCAAUACAGCUUGCACUGCUAACACGGAUGGAGCGGAUGAUGUAUCUCGAGCAGCAGAAGCCUGGUGCGACCGAAGAUAGUGUGGCGGAGAGUCUAGAAGCUUGUGUGAGGAGGCUGAGGGAUUGGUUGGUGAAGAGUAAGGACGAGAGGAUUGAGACGGGGGAGUGGAGGGGGGUUGUCGAACAUGAGAUCGAGUGGGUGGAGUGGAUGGUACAGGCGGCGGAGAGGGGGGUGCUGCAUGUAAGGCGGAGGGGGUGUCGGUGUCGGCCGGAGUGGGAGGGGCUGUGA